CAGCAAGGCUAGGACUGAUGGAGUUCUUUGAUAUCCUCAAGGGAGAAUCGAAUGCCAGCUCGCGCAUCACCACCAUAACCAUAUUCAGUUCCCUCCUCCUGAGCUAUGUCGUCUGCGUGGGGAUCUACCGGCUCUAUUUCAGUCCCAUCGCCAAGUUCCCGGGGCCCAAGCUGGCCGCCCUGACGGGGCUCUACGAGGCGUACUUCGAUCUGAUCCCCAAAGGGGGCGGACAAUUCCCCUUCGAGAUCAAGCGCAUGCAUGCGAAGUAUGGCCCGAUUGUGCGCAUCAAUCCGGAAGAGCUGCACAUCGACGACCCGGAGUUCUACGAUACUCUCUACCCGACCAGCAAGCCCUACGACAAACUGCAGCGGCUGGAGAACCGGUUUGGGAUCCCCGGGGCGACCUUCAGCACGGCGCGCCAUGACGUGCACAAGAUCCGCCGCGCCGCCAUCAGCCCUUUCUUCGCCAAAGCCAAGGUGCGCGAGCAGACGGGGGACAUCCAGGCGCUGAUGGACACCAUCUCCCGCCGGCUGACAACUGAGUACGCCGGCACCGGGCGCGUGCUGAACCUGCACGACGUCUGGCGCUGCUUCGCGGCCGACAACAUCAUGGACCUGAUGUUUGGCUCCCCGCUGAACCUCCAUCUCGCCCCGGAAUUCCGCGCGCCCUUCACGGGGGCGAUCACGCGAGUCACCAAUUGGUCGCAUGUCACUCGCUAUCUGCCCAUCUUGGGCGCCGUCACCGACACGCUGCCGCCGUGGUUGGCCAAGCGUCUGUUUCCGCCCUUCGAGCCGAUCAUUGCAUAUCGCGAGGAAAUGUCGCGGCAGACGGCCACCAUCCUGGCCAGCCACCACGCACACGGGGCCCGAUUAGGGCAGACGGGGCACGCGACGGUCUUCCACGAGAUGCUGGCCUCCAGCCUGCCCCCCGAGGAACUGACCCACAAGCGCAUGCAGCACGAGUCCGAGUCCCUGAUUGGGGCCGGACUCGAGACCACCGCCUGGACCCUGGCCCUGGGCAGCUUCUACAUCCUGCACAAUCCCCAGAUCUACGCCCAGCUGCAAGACGAGCUGUACACCGCCAUCCCCGAUGCCGCCCAGAUUCCCCCCUGGGCGACGUUGGAGACCUUGCCCUACCUGACGGCGGUCAUCCGCGAGACCCUACGCAUGGGCAUGGGCGUCAUCGAACGCCUCGUGCGCAUCAACCGCAACCCCUCGCAGCCAUGGGUCUACCACAACACCGCCAUCCCCGUCAACGUCGCCGUCAGCAUGGACCAGUACCAUAUGCUGAUGAACGAGCGCGUCUUCCCCAACCCGACCACCUUCCAACCCGAGCGCUGGCUCCACGACCCCCGGGGCCCCGACGGGAUCCACCCGCUCACCCACUACCUGACCGUCUUCGGCCGGGGCACCCGCAUGUGUCUGGGGCUGAACCUGGCCUACUCCGAGCUGUACAUUGGAUUCGCGACGCUGAUCCGCCGCCAUCGGCUGCGGUUGGUGGGCACGACCGUCCGCGACGUGGCGUUCUACGCCGAGAAUACCAUUCUGUCGCCGUGGCCGGGGACGAAGGGGGUCAGGGUGCUGGUGGAGAGUUCUGGGGAUUAGUUGGAACUAGGGCCUGUGUUGGCUAGAACUCUCUUCUGUUUUCUGAGAAAGGUAGCACUAGCCAGUGUAGCCACG